ACGUACAGCUGAGAAGCUGUACUCUUAUCAUCACAGGUGAAGCUGAUAAGACAACGAUUUCAGAAUGGAUUCCAUCAGUGUAACAAAUGCAAAAUUUUGUUUUGAUGUUUUCAACGAGAUGAAAGUCCAUCAUGUCAAUGAGAACAUCUUGUAUUGCCCUCUGAGCAUCCUUACAGCCCUGGCCAUGGUCUAUCUGGGGGCAAGAGGUAACACUGAAUCUCAGAUGAAGAAGGUUCUUCAUUUUGAUAGCAUUACAGGAGCUGGAAGCACCACUGACUCUCAGUGUGGCUCUUCUGAAUACGUCCACAAUUUGUUCAAGGAGUUACUCUCAGAAAUCACCAGGCCAAAUGCUACAUACUCACUCGAGAUUGCUGACAAACUCUAUGUUGACAAAACAUUCUCAGUUCUUCCGGAAUACUUAAGUUGUGCAAGGAAGUUCUAUACAGGAGGAGUGGAAGAAGUUAACUUCAAAACAGCUGCAGAAGAAGCAAGGCAGCUCAUAAACUCCUGGGUGGAAAAAGAGACAAAUGGACAGAUCAAAGAUUUGCUUGUAUCAAGCUCCAUUGAUUUUGGUACAACAAUGGUCUUUAUUAACACCAUUUACUUCAAAGGGAUAUGGAAAAUUGCAUUUAAUACAGAAGACACUCGGGAAAUGCCCUUCAGCAUGACAAAGGAAGAAAGCAAACCUGUGCAAAUGAUGUGUAUGAACAAUAGCUUUAAUGUGGCCACACUGCCUGCAGAGAAAAUGAAGAUCCUGGAGCUCCCAUAUGCCAGCGGAGAUCUGAGCAUGUUGGUGCUGUUGCCUGAUGAGGUUUCUGGCCUGGAGCGGAUUGAGAAGACAAUUAACUUUGACAAACUCAGAGAGUGGACUAGUACCAAUGCAAUGGCAAAGAAGAGCAUGAAAGUGUACCUGCCCCGCAUGAAGAUUGAGGAAAAAUAUAACCUCACAUCUAUAUUAAUGGCCUUGGGAAUGACAGACCUGUUCAGCCGUUCAGCCAAUCUGACUGGCAUCUCUUCAGUAGAUAACCUGAUGAUAUCUGAUGCUGUCCAUGGGGUGUUCAUGGAAGUCAAUGAAGAGGGCACUGAGGCGACAGGUUCAACAGGGGCAAUUGGAAACAUCAAGCAUUCCCUUGAGUUAGAAGAGUUUAGGGCUGACCAUCCAUUCCUCUUCUUCAUCAGAUACAACCCAACCAAUGCUAUUCUAUUCUUUGGUAGAUAUUGGUCGCCCUAAAGAGAGAAAGAGCUGGAAAUAAUGCUUACCUUCCCCUCAGAAAUCAAACCUCUUUACUGUAGUAUUGUAGCAUAAUCUCAAUGCAAUAUUUUAUCCAAGUGGAAAGCCUUCAAUAUCUAGGGAGACAUUCUUGAAGAAGCAUGUGAAAUUUCAGAUCUUUAUAUGCAGGAAUUUAUUCUCAGCUUAGAUUCAGGAUUCAUAUCCAAGGUGUACAUAUUCCCAAUGUGCUUGAAUAACUUGGGAAACAGGGCCAGUGCUUUGUUUUUUUGGGUUUUUUUUUUUUUUGUUUUUUUUUUUUGUUUUGGUUUGGUUUGGUUUUUUCUGGUUGGUUGGUUUUUUUUUGUAUGUGUGUGUGUGAGAUUCUGCCAUUGUUACUGAGAAUCUGGUUUCUCUAUAGGAGUUCUCUGAAAUAAACACAGCUUUCAGGAAAAUCCUGGUCCUUUCCAUUGAAUUAGCUGGGCAGUCAUCCUAGAACUGAUGCCUGGACAACUUGCAGAUGAAAUUUUUAACUUCAGCAGACCAUUUGUCUUCCAGUAAUCCAUUUGGACUUAUUUGUGCUGUGUAACGUUUUUUCUGAGGGAGCAUACAGAAAGUCUACCAUUUCUUCUUAAAUCAUCUCCAAACAAAACAUCUUCCUGAUUGAUAUUAUUUCCCAUUUUCAUCCCAGUGACAUGUCACUGAUUUUGUGAAUGUUAAUUAAUGGUCUUUCUAUUUAUUCUAAUAAAAGCUUCGCAAACA